AUGAAUCGCAAGAGCGAGGAUAACAAAGUGUGCAAAAGAGAAGAUAUAAUAUCUUUAGAGUAUUACAUUGCGAAUUUGCUCUUCGUACUCGAAUAUGCCUGUAUUUGGCCCGUCAAAUCAUUUUCGCCUCUUAAAGUAUUAUUUUCAACGGUGGCGACAAUUGUAUUCAUAUUGACAAACUUCCUGCUCCUGUUCUCGGAAAUAGUGGCGCUUGCGAUGAGCAAUGAUCUGAAAAUAUUUGCUAACAUCAUCGGAGCAAUCAGCAUGCAUGCAGUGGGUUUAAUGAAAUGGUGUUAUUCUAUAUGGAAAAAUAGAGAAAUCAUCGAUCUUGUGAGAAAAUUUAUAAAGAUGUUGCAAACUUUUAGCGGUCCAACAAUGUUCGUGCAAUGCAUCGAAACAUUACUUAUCAUUUGUUUAGUCUCAUUCGAAGCAUCAAUGAUUAAAAUUGCGAUUGACAUGGAAUCUAUUUUAAAAUUAUGGUCUUUGUUUGAAUAUUUUUUAUGCGCCGCCUUGCAACUGUUUAUUUUCUGUUUCUCUGCCGCUCAACUCGAACAUUUGGGCUUGCAAAUUGCGCAAUCAAUAUAUUCUUGUGGAUGGGAGUUUGUGGUCUUUAAAAAAAGAGAGAAAAUGGAUUUCGGAAAGCAGUUAAAAGACAUCAGUCGAUUAGUACAAACCAUUAUGAUACGGGCACAAAGGCCGAUUAUUUUAACCGGUGGCCCAUUUUACGUUCUCUCAUUGGAAACUUUCAGAGUUAUAAUAGGUUUGGCGAUGUCAAAUUCUAUAAUGUUACGUACAAUUUCUGAUGUAAAUGAAUGA